ACUUUAAUGUGAAAUGUCACAUAUCGGCCCAAUGAAGAUUCUGACAAUCAAAAUAAUUGAGCUCAUAGUCCAAGAAAAUUAAACCCGACUGACGAAAAACAGGGAACUGAAACACAAUCACUAUUCGCCAUGAAAUCGAUCUAAAAUCAAUUUUGAGAUCCAGUGAAAUUGUGGUUUGUACAUUAUUAUUAUUAUUAUUAUCUUAAGAAAUGGGGGUGAUCGUGGAGAGCGAUGUUUGGGAGCCGAAUCCAGCACUGUGUUUAUUCUUCUUCGUAGCAUGUUGCUUCUCAAUCUACUAUUUGCCUAACAGCAGCACCACCAGAAGUUCUGCCAUUUUCGAUCACGCGCCUUCCUCUUCCUUCCUUCGUUUUCAGACAAGUUUUCUCUUACUUUAUUCUCUUUCUUCAGUGAUGGAAGGCUUGUUAGCAGUAUUUGGAGAAUAUGAGUUGGCUUACCGUGGGGUUAGUAGGGAGCAUAUGGUUAUCUCUCUAUGUGUUGGAUACGCAGCUGCUCUCUUUGUUGGUACCUUUUUGGGAAUGCUCUCGGAUUUGAUUGGCCAGAGAAAAGUCAGCUUGUUAUUUUGCUUGCUGCAUCUUUUGGUUGCCCUAUGGAGGACUGUUACUGGAUAUCCAAGUGUUUGGCUCGCAAGCAUCUGUCUGUCUCUUGCCUCUAUGAUAUUUUUCUUCAACUUUGAGACAUGGAUGGUUGUUGAGCAUGAUAAGCUUGAGCAGAGGCAGGAUUCAGUGAAUGACAUGUUUUGGUUAAUGACUUUUGUUGAAUCUUCAUCUUUCAUUGGAAGCCAAGUGGUUGGUAACUGGUUAAUUGGUAGUCAUGAAAAGACAAGUUUUCUUGCUCCGUCCAGUGCAGUGGUAAUAAUGGCUUUUAGUGCUCUUGCUUAUGUCAGUCGAGGGUGGAAGGAAGAUCCGAAAUCAAUUAUUCUUAAAGAUUAUCAGACUAAAUUUCAUACAUACAUACUCGGUGAUAAAAGAGUUUGGCUUUUGUCAUGGACCCAAGCUGCCAUCCACUUUUCAAUUGCAGUUUUUUGGAUUACUUGGGCUCCAACCAUUGUGGCAGAUGGGAGAAAAGUUUCACUAGGUUUGGUAUACCCCUGUGUACUUGGUGCAAAAAUGCUCGGAAGCACUGCAUUUUCCUGGUUCUCCAGUGGCCCUUUAUCACUUCGAACAGAGGAGUGCUUAGUAUAUGCCUGUAUUAUUAUGGGCUUCGUCACUUCCGUUGUAGCUUUUGAUUAUCAGGACAUUGAAAUUCUUUUGAUGCUAUUCUGUAUAUUUCAUGCUUGUGUGGGAUUGGUUUUGCCUUCACUCGCCAGAUUGAGAACCAUGUAUGUGCCUAAUGAACUCCGUGGAGGAAUGAUGAGUUUAUCGAUCGCUCCUUCAAAUGCCCUUAUGUUGUUACUUCUGAUUCAGAGAGGUUUCUACCAGAAUAUGGAAAAUUCAACAAUUAUAGCUAUGGCCGCUUUUGGUCUGUUUUCUGCAGCUGGAUGCAUGUAUAUGUUAAAGCGGCUUGGAAAGCAGCCACACCAGAACUGGCACAAAUUAUGAUGCCUUUCCAUUUGUUUUAAACUCUUCUAUCCGUGUGGGUGUAGCCUGUAUAUAGCCGGCCAGUUAGUUUAAAGAUAAAGAAACUGUAGCCUGGAACGUGAUGAUGGGUGCAAAUGAAGCAACAUGCUCUGCAAAUGGUAAAUCAAGAAAGAGCUGUAGCGGUUUUCAACAUUCUAUUAUUCGAAAUUGCUUAACUUACGAGGUUCAGUGGGAGUUCUCACUAUGGGACCCAAUUUUGCCCGCGAGACUCUCUGCAGAUGAUGUCCUGAACAUGCUAGGUGAACAGUUUGCUCCUAAUAAGUUUUGGGAAAAAAGUGUAAUAUCAGAGGAGCAACAGAAUGCAUAGCUGGCUUAGUUUGCAUUAUUUAAUAGCUCUUUGGAAAUUAUGACCAGUGGAAAGUCUUGUUUCAUAUUCAGAAAUAACCCAUGAGUAAGGAUUUUUUUCUUCUUUCUUCAUGUACUCUUUGCACAUGAUCACUAGGUAGAUCAUUGUGGUAUGUCCAAUUAUUUGGUUGGAUUGCAGAUAUUAUAAUUGAAGAAUGAUUACGUAA